AGUAGCAUUGGAAAUGAACGCUCUAUUAAAUUAACGCAAGUUCAAAAAUUCUCGCGCUAAUUAACUCGUGUUAAUUUCAUGGAACGUUAAUUUCGGCGUUAAAUUUUUCACGACAGUAAGUUCUAUUAUUUUGACAAAAAUAAUUAUAAAUCCUGUCCUAACAAUUCUCUCCGCAAACUGACAUUUUUGUGUGCACCCACCAGCGUUAAUUUUCCUGUUUAGGACGAUCUUGCCUGUUAAUUACGCAAUUCGCGAAAUUAAUUAAGUCGGGGCGUGAUGUAUGCAAACCCUAUUUUUAUAUGUUUAAUAUAAGGGACUUGACGUUCAAUCGCGAAAAUACGGUUACCCGAGAACACUGAUCUGAACGGAAACGUCACGCUGACUGAAUUAGGAUAGACAGAAAGUUUUAAACACUUAUGGAUUAACAUGCUUGAAGUAUGAAGAGAAAUUCAUUUUACCUUAAUUCACUGAACGCAAGAUCUAGCAAACAGGGCCACGUUGUUCAAGGAGUGGGUAACCCUAUCCAUCGAAUAAAUUACUCGCCACUGGACAGCGUACGGUUUGUUUUGCCAACGAUAUUCGGAAGAUACAGUUAUCCACUCUUUAAACGACAGUAGCAAUGAAUUGAAUAAGGCGCUUUGAAAAGCUCUGCCACUCAGAAAAGCUCCAUUGCUAUGUCCACUCGAGAUUGAGUUCUUGAAUAUUGUAAAAAUUACGAAAAUUCCACAAUUGAAGGGUCGUUAAUCAAUGAGCUUUUAAACGCGGGUUCAGUACUUUUGAUUGUGGAUAUCACCACCCUUAACAAUGAGUUCUUUGGUAAAUAGGUAUUCAUAUUAAGAAUACAGCUUUAAUUCAACUUGCUAGUGUGAGGAAAGAAGAGUUUUGAUUGUUUGUUAAGUAUCAUGAUUGAAUAAGAUACAAGCGAUCGCCGGAGGGUAUCGAUUUUGUUUGUGAAAAUGAAUCUAAGCAAACAGGUCACAUAUUUAUCGACUUAGUUGUUUUACUAUAACAUCGUACUUUUUCUUUGUCUCUAGUCUCAUCCCGGUCGUUUCAUUAAACGUUUCGCCCCUGUGCCUGUCUCAACCAAGCUAUGGGAGUUUUUUUAAACAUACUGAUGAAUAAAAACAGGUGAUCAAGUCACAUUUGUUUCAGAGAUGUUUGGUGUUCUACAGACCAUGUAGAAAAAGGUCGGUGCUUGCAAUGAAUGGUCUACUGGCAUAUGACAGGUAUACGAAAGUGGCCCUUCAUGGUUGAAUAGAUAAGUACUUUUAAAACGUGUUACUCGGGAAAAUCUUAGCAAAAUUAAUCGCUCCUGAAUUCUGGGAGCAUUUAGCACUGCUCAAGAAGCAGAAAUGGAUGGAAACAAAGUUGGAAUGGCACGUUUUUUCAUGUUAUUUCUUUUUGCAAAAUUGGUUUCGGGGAAUUUUAGUGACGAACAGUCCACGGACAUACAAGACUCAGCUGUUUGGAAACGAGAAAAAGUCAAAACUGAACAAAAAGAGGAAGAUUUGCGAUCAGAAGAUACAACUUACAAUUCCUUUGUGGACUCACUUCUCCAUGAAACAAAACGCAAAAGCAAGAAAGUUGCUCCAAGAAUUUCUUAUUUCCACAAAAGAAAGAGUGUUGCCAGCAAGGUUAUCCCUGAAAUUGCUCGAGUUCUUGCAAAACACAUCGAAGGCAUGGAACCUCAGUUUAAGUCAGCUUCCUUCAAUCAGCUGUGGCAAGAGCUGAGAGAACCGCUGACGAACGUAAUGAAACCGCGAAAAGUGGAAGAAUUGCUGACUGAACUGGAGCAAUGCAAACUGGGUGACGCGCAACAUACAUACGAGUUUCCAACCGACGUCGAAAGUAUCAAAAGAGACUUAGUCAUUUGCAAAAUCGGCGAAAUUCUGGAGGUGAAUGGAGAGGAAUCGUCCAAGAACCAAGGCAAUUAUGCACACAUCUGGAGUCUUCUAAAAAAUCCGCUGACCAGUUGUUUUAAGGUCACAGAGCUGUCGUCGCUGAUAAAAGACCUACGGAAAUGUUUGCCGCGAUUUGAGCUGGCCGGAAUUAAGUACGUAGUACCAAGCAAGAUGUCUGAAGUGGCAAGGGACGUAGUCAUUUGCAAAGUCGAUGACGUACUUAAUAAAUCUUUCAGUGAGAAAGGUUCUGGAAGUGAAAUAAUCCCAUAGGAAAUGCUUUUCUGCAUGCUUUCGCAAGGAUAUUGGUCUUAACUCUUGCACCUCCAAGACCGUCAUAUUUGAAAAUUGAAAAAAAAAGAUAAUCUAAAUUUCAUUUUUUAUGAUACAGUGAAAACAUGAAAAGAAACAAUAGCAUAGGAGAGGACUGCUUGAUGGCUUUUAUAUAAAUAUUCCAAGCUAGGUUUUCAUCCUCAGUUAAAAUCACACACACCAGGAGCCCGUGACCAGGAGCCUCCAUACGUACUGUACCCUUGAGUCAACCCUUUCCCGUAUUAA